CCGUCGCGUCCAGAACCACCAGCUGCAUUGUGUCGGUUUUGUUCAACGUCCCCUCCAGCCGAAACAUUUCACUGGACACAACUGGCCACCGGCGACAAAACAUGGCAAACACAGAGGGGGGUAAACUCUGGGGAGGUCGCUUCCUGGGUGACACCGAUCCCAUGAUGGAGAAGUUCAACGCAUCAAUCGCCUAUGACCAGAGGAUGUGGAAUGCUGACAUCCGAGGGAGCAAAGCGUAUGUGAAAGCUCUGGAGAAGGCAAAGCUGGUAACCACGGAUGAGAUGAAUCAGAUUCUACAUGGGCUGGAUCAGAUUUGUGGUGAGUGGUCUAAAGGAGUUUUCGUGAUCAAACCUGAAGAUGAGGACAUUCAUACUGCCAAUGAGCGCAGGCUAAAGGAGCUGAUAAGCGCACCUGCAGGGAAGCUGCACACUGGCAGGAGCAGAAACGACCAGGUGGUGACUGACAUGAGGUUGUGGCUGAGAGAUGCCAUCACAACCCUGACAGACAAUGCCCUACAACUGAUGUCUACCAUGGUGGAGCGGGCCGCAGCAGAAAUUGAUGUCCUGUUUCCUGGUUACACCCACAUGCAGAGAGCUCAGCCAAUCAGAUGGAGCCACUGGAUUCUAAGUCAUGCUGUCGCUCUAAGCAGAGAUGUUGACCGACUUCUGGAGAUCAAGAAAAGAGUGAACGUUUUACCUCUCGGCAGUGGGGCCAUUGCUGGGACGCCCUUUGACAUUGACAGGGAGCUACUGAUGAGAGAGUUGGCGUUUGAUGGCAUUAGUCUUAAUAGCAUGGACGCCACGGGCCAACGGGAUUUUGUUGCGGAGUUCUUGUUCUGGGCUUCGUUGUGUUUGACCCAUCUCAGCAAGAUGGCCGAGGACCUGAUGCUGUACAGCACCAAGGAGUUCUCCUUCGUCUCGCUUUCCGACGCUUACAGCACCGGCAGCAGCCUGAUGCCCCAGAAGAAGAAUGCUGACAGUCUGGAGCUGAUCAGGAGUAAAGCUGGACGUGUCUUUGGCAACUGUGCAGGGUUCAUGAUGACGCUGAAGGGCCUGCCGAGCACCUACAACAAAGACCUGCAGGAGGAUAAGGAGGCCAUGUUUGACUGCUAUGAUACGGUUCACGCUGUGCUGCAGGUGACAACUGGAGUCAUGUCAACUCUCAAGAUUAACCCGAGUGUGAUGGAAGCCGCCCUCAGUCCGGACAUGUUGGCUACUGACUUGGCCUACUACCUCGUGAGGAAGGGGGUGCCGUUCAGAGAGGCACACGGCAUCUCCGGUAAAGCUGUGUUUGCAGCUGAAUCCAAAAAUAUCGCCCUCAAUCAACUCACUCUGGAAGACCUGAGUGCUGUUAGCCCUCUGUUUGGAGGCGACGUCUCCUCGGUGUGGGACUACAGGAGCAGCGUGGAGCAGUACAGCGCCCCUGGAGGCACAGCCAAGAGUAGCGUGGCUGCGCAGGUGGAACAGCUGAGGGACUGGCUUCAGAAACGGACACUAUGAUCUUGACCUCAUUUCACCUUUAAUAUUGUGAAUCGAGCUUACUGACACAAUUUAGAUUAUGAGGAAAUGUCAGAUUGAGUUCAAAAGGGACACAUGUGCGACGUGAAACCAUGUCGCCUUUCAAAAGUCUCCUCCCUUCUUUUGAAGUAUAUGUGUAGCCAGGAGAUGUUUCAACUGACCACAUGGGCCGAUCAUAAGUGUUACAAGGACCGGCAAUGAAUAAAUGUUACUCAAAC